AUGGAGGGAUACCAGACCUUGGAGCGCAUCGGCUCCGGCUCCUUUGGCGAAAUCCACACCGUAAAGCGUGUGUCCGAUGGCAAGAUCUUUGCCCGCAAAGAGAUCGACUACAAAAAGAUGACCGACAAGGAGAAGCAGCAGCUCGUUGCCGAGGUCAAUAUCCUGCGGGACCUCAAGCACCCCAACAUCGUGCGGUACCAUGAGCGCUUUGUUGAUCGGGAGAGCUACAUCAUCUACAUCAUCAUGGAGUACUGUGAAGGAGGCGAUCUCUCGGCCAUCAUCCGGCGCUGCAGAAAGGAGAGGCAAUAUAUUGCCGAGGAAAUGAUCUGGAACAUCCUGGCUCAGCUGCUUCUGGCUCUCUACGAGUGUCACUCGGCAUCUGGUCGACAGGUGGGCCGACCUGCCAUCCUCCACCGCGACAUCAAGCCCGAAAACGUGUUCCUCGAUGGCUACAAGAACGUCAAGCUGGGCGAUUUUGGACUGUCGCGAAUCAUCGAGGACCCCGAAACAGAAUACGCCAAGACUUACGUCGGAACGCCCUACUACAUGUCCCCUGAGCUCGUCACGGACACAUGCUAUAACACCAAGUCGGAUAUUUGGGCUCUCGGAUGUCUCAUCUACGAGCUGUGUACAUUGUCUCCUCCGUUCCAAGCAAAGAACCAACCGGCAUUAUUUCAGAAGAUCCAAUCCGGACGUGUUGCCCCUCUUCCGCCGCAGCGGUUCUCGUCGGAGCUCCAGAACGUGAUCAACGACAUGCUGACUGUAAAUGUAAGUGUUCCGAUGGACUGA